CGACCAAGAGUCACAGAUUCCGCCAUUGGAGCUCCACUUUGCUACAGCUUCUCCUUCGUCCAUGUCCUAGUCGCUCCUUCCCUCCUGGCUUACUUUCCCCCAUUUCCUCCUUGAUGGUGCUUGGUUGCCGUCUCUUGUCCCGCAGGAUCUCCCCACCCACACACGCAACCCGCAUCUUCACCACACGACCACUGCAACCUCGUUUCAAAGCCACCAUGGCGACUCCAGCGCGCACUCAGCCGCCAUGGAAGGAACCUCAAUCAUCCGAUGCUGCCAAAUUAAAAGUCUGGAAUUCAUUGACCCGAUCCAAGAACGACUUUGUCCCAAUCGAUCCAGAAGGCAAGCUCGUCAAGUGGUAUAGUUGCGGCCCCACAGUUUACGACGACGCCCACCUUGGACACGCUCGGAACUAUGUGACCAUCGACAUCCUGCGCAGAGUCUUGGCUGGCUACUUUGGAUACGACCUCCGCUUUGUCCAGAACAUCACCGACGUCGACGACAAGAUCAUUCUACGUGGACGCCAACAGCAUCUGCUGGCACAGUUCAAGACUCAGAAUCCAACCAUAACGAACGAGGUUCUUAAUGCUACUACCAAGGCAUUUGAUGCAUACGUGAACAAGAACCUCCCUCUCCUGAAUUCACCCCUCAAGCCCGAAGACUUCAGCUCAGAGUCUGCGGACAAGUACGCCAAUGUCAUCACAGGGAAGUCACUUGACGGUACUACACCACCCGGGGACAAGGAAGCAAAAAUAAAGAUGCAUCUUAGGACCGCCAGCACGGCAGUGACGGCGUUGCUAUCGCCUUCAAAAUCCACAGCAGAAGAUAUCCAAGCCUUCUACACUGGGGCUGAAGACGUACUUCUACCCUAUCUCGACUCGCUGCAUGGCUCCUCAAUCGAUGCCAGCGACCACAGCAUCUUCACCAAGCUCACGCAAAAGUACGAGGCGCGCUUUACUGAGGAUAUGCGCAACCUCAAUGUCUUAGACCCGGACGUAGUCACUCGAGUGACAGAGUACGGCGACCAGAUUGUGACUUUCGUGGACAAGAUUGUCGAAAACGGGUUUGCCUACAAGACCUCGGAUGGCUCGGUUUACUUUGAUAUCGACGGCUUCGAGAAGAUCCCUGGAAAUCACUAUGCCCGUCUAGAGCCUUGGAAUCGCGGUGACAAGGGUUUGCUAGCAGACGGAGAGGGCGCAUUGUCGACGCAGAAGACGUCAGAAAAGCGCGGCGAUGCUGACUUUGCGCUUUGGAAGUCAAGCAAGCCGGGGGAACCUGCCUGGAAAUCACCUUGGGGGCCUGGACGACCAGGAUGGCAUAUCGAGUGCUCCGUUAUGGCUAGCGAUGUACUGGGAGAGCAGAUGGAUAUUCACUCUGGUGGAAUUGACUUGUGCUUCCCUCAUCAUGACAACGAGCUUGCUCAAUCAGAAGCUCACUGGUCCUCGAAAGAGGGUGGACACCAAUGGGUCAACUACUUUUUGCACAUGGGCCACCUCUCCAUCUCUGGUAGUAAAAUGUCAAAGAGCCUCAAGAAUUUCACAACCAUCAGGGAAGCGUUGACACGCGGAGACUGGACUGCUCGAAGUCUGCGUAUCAUCUUUCUGCUUGGUGGCUGGCACGAUGGUAUUGAGAUCACGGACGACAUGCGGAAAGGAGGAGCAUCAUGGGAAAGCUAUGUCACCAACUUCUUCUACAAAGUCCGUGACCUGGAGGUUCACCCGAACAUCAGUUCUACGGGUGCGCAAGACGAGAAAGUCCGAACAGCAUUUGAACAGGCCAAAGAGAAGGUCCAUAACGCCCUAGCCGAUUCCUUCGAUACACCAACUGCCAUGCGUGCCAUCUCUGGUUUGAUCACCGACUACAACUCUGCGAACAAGGCUGGGCUAUCCGAUGACGUCUCAUUCGACAUCGCACGCUGGAUCACCAGAAUCGUCCGAACAUUCGGACUCGACGGCUCCGCUGACCCAUAUGGCGGUGACAUCGCCUGGGCAGGCAUCGACAUACCCUCCGCAGCAAAAGAAUUUGUAUACGCCGCGUCCCGUGAGCGUGACGCAGUCCGUCAACAUGCAAUCGCAGGCGACCUUUCCGACUCAGUCCUAGAAUCUAUCAUUGCUCAACACAAGCCAGCACAGCAGCAAGACACCGCUUCCUCCCAGUACGCAGAAGUUCUCUCUGCGUUUCAGGAAUCUUUGCGCGGUCUUGCAGACAAGAAAGCUCCCGCCAAGGAUUACCUCGACCUUUGCGACGCGCUCCGCGACACCCAUCUCUGGGAUCUGGGCAUUUAUCUCGAAGAUCGUGAGAACGCGCCCGCCAUGGUACGGCCAGUAGAUCCAGAGCUCGUCGCUGCACGCCAGCAGAAAGAAGCCAUCGCAAGACAGAAGAGUGAGGCGAAAGCCAAGCGCGAGCGCGAGGAGGCGGAGAAGACGGCAAAGCUGGCGGAGCAAGCCAAGAUUAGUCCCAAAGAUAUGUUUAGAACAGAAGAGUAUAGUGCGUGGGAUGAAGAGGGACUGCCGACCAAGGACAAGGACGGAGCGGAUGUGCCAAAAAGUAAGGGCAAGAAGCUGAGGAAGGAAUGGGAGAAGCAGAAAAAGCUUUACGAGGAGAGCUUGAAGAGCAGUGUUACAUCGUGAAGGACGAUCUAUCUGGUCGUUCGCGGUAGAGCGUACCCGGACGUAUUGCGUCUUUUCCUCACGAGUUGCGAUGCUGACAAGGUAGUUCCUGCCGUAGGUGCAUUACGCUAUUAUGAAAGCGAGAUAUCACCAUCCUUCUACAUCUGCCUUUGUGUCGCCUCACUCUGUUGCACAACCAGCUCAUCACAGUUCAAUCGUCGUGCUCCAACCAUGCGACUCAUCAAUACCAAAACUCGUGCGUUUGAAGAAUUUAUUGGAUGGCAUGUUCAGGCGUAUGCUAUCCUAUCACGUACAUGGGAAAAGGAGGAAGUCACGUACAAAGACUAUGUCGAUGGCCGAUAUUGUAACAUGAAGGACUCUAAGAAAAUUGACAUGACCUGCCAGAAAGCUCUAGCUGAAGAAGGAAAAGAAAUUCUUUACGCAUGGGUUGAUACUUGCUGCAUUGAUCAGAGUAGUAGUGCCGAGCUGACAGAGGCCAUCAAUUCUAUGUUC